AUGAGCGUUUUGGGCACCCACUUUCUACUACACAUCAUUUCAAGCACUUCUCUUUACUGGGAGUCCGCUUUUAGCUACCAAAUACUGACUCAGAUGGAUAUGCUCAAGUUGUUGCAUGGUCGUGUUGGUGAACUACACAGCAUUUUAUCACGUUCUGUUCAGGAUUUGGGGGCUGACACUGUACAGAUUUAUGCCAUCACUAACCACACAAAAGUUGUUUAUGCCAUAAAGUGCUUAAAGGUAGCUAUGUUAAACGUUGUUCCUAUUGUUAGAGCUGGUGAUGUCGGUCAAGGUGAUCACAAGCAGCUUAUAAAUGGAAGAUGCAGGAAGCUUAUUGGUACAUUUUCUACAACUGAUUUGAGGGGAUGCCAUAUAACCUCGCUAAAAUCAUGGUUGGGAAUAAGUGCACUAGCAUUCACUGAAGAAGUUGAAUCCAGUCCAUUGUACAGUGAGUCAGACAUGCAGAAUAGAGGAUCCUCUAGAAGGGAGCUUGUGACCUGUUAUGCUGAAUCACCUUUGUCUGAGGUAAAUGAGAAGGCAGUGACUAAUCCUGUUCAUCGAGUUUGGGUGGUUAAUCAAGAGGGUUUGCCCGUGGGGCUUGUGUCCCUUACCGAUGUAAUUAGAGUUAUAAGGCAUUCUCUGCUAUCAGAUUCGAAUGAUCAAUGA